GUGCGAAAAAAUCGGAAGAAAUUUGUUAAUUUCUCCUGAAAAUGCGCUAAUUAAUAGGUUUUGCGUGAUUGUUAACGAAUAAUGGCGAACGAUGGCGAAGUGACAGUGGUCAAAGAGGAAGAAGGCGACGGAAAAAACGAUCAAGAGGAGGAGACGGAGACGGUCGAUGUGGACAAUGAGCCAUCACCGCCUUCGAUGCUGCCGCUGCACGGUCUGCAGUCGAUGUUCGAUACCAUCGACUACUUGAUCGUCCAGGAUGGUUACCAGUGUGCUGCCUGUCCCGGAAGUGGGCGCCGAUCGUUUCCGGACAUGCCGGCCUUGCGGCGCCACAUGGUCCGCCAUGUUAAGGGUGGUGAUGCCAAAACGCCCAUCAAUGCGACAAACAAAGAACUGCUGUGUAACCACUGCAACCGUACAUUCGAGCGGGUCGAUCAGCUAAGGAAGCAUCUGCUGGAAGCGUUGAACAACGAGUACGGUCCAGGCAGGUCGGACAGUGACGAUAGCGACGACUACGACGACGACGACCUAGAGAACAAGGACGAUGGGGAAUCGAUUAUCUACAUCGUCAAGAAUGGACGGCUGACAUGUUCGGCUUGCGAUGCGGAGUUUGGGCCGGUUUCCCGCUGGAACAGGGAGAAGUUCAAGCUGCACGUCGGAGAGGUACACUGGAAGCCAUCGCCACACAAGUGCAACGAAUGUGGCAAACGGUUCAAUGACCCGGACAAAUUGGGAAGGCACAUUCUGAGGCAUGCGAAGUCGCAGGAAGUUGGAUGGAUGGGUUCACAACCAUCGACAUCGGGUUUGGCGGAGAAUAUCAAGAAGGAAGAACAGGACCCAAUCGAUUCCACGGUACCCAUCACCGCCAACGACGAAGAUGAUGAAGUCCAUGACCCGAUGGACAUCCUACAGCCCGAGGUACAGGUCAAGGUCGAAGUGCAGGAUGGCGAUGAACCGCACGAUUACACCGUGGAAGGCGGUGCCAGUGAAAGCCCAUCGUCCGAAUCGGAAAGUUCAGAAUCGGACUCGGAUUCGGAUUAUAAUCGCCGCCGCCGCCGUGGCAAGAAUCGGAAGGUGAAAACGAAAACGAUGAAAGCGAAAAUAAAAAGACCAGCGGCAGCUCGGGAGAUUCCCGGUGGUGAGGAUGGUUCCAUAAUUCUCGCUUGCCGGCUGUGUGACGAGGGCUUUCUGGUGCAGGAGUUGCUCGAUCGUCACAUGGCCCAGAAGCACGAUGACCGGGAACGGCCGUUCCAGUGUUCGGAGUGUUCCAAGACCUAUUUGACCAAUGGUAGCUUGCAGGAGCACAUCCGGAUGGCUCAUUCGGGGGUGAAGUUCACCUGUACAGAGUGUGGGUUGAACCUUUCCACCAAAAGUGCCCUCAAACGGCACAUGCAGGGUCACACGGCGGAAGGUUACUUCUGCGAGAUCUGCAAGGAGAAGUUCUCAUCGCAUACGGUGUUGGUCAGACACAAGCGCCGGAUUCACGAGAAGACACCAAAGAAUUUCAUCUGUCUGGAUUGUGGCAGCACGUACGAUGAUAAUGCGUCUCUCAGCGAGCAUCGCUUAUCCCAUACGAACAUCCGCAAGUGGGAAUGUGAGACUUGCGGAAUGAAAUUCAAGCGAAGUCACAAUCUGUCGAUUCACCGGAAGACGCAUUUGGUUGAGAAGAAACCACUGCCAACUGUCAAAUGUGAAGAGUGCGAUGAAACGUUUACAACAAAAAUGGCACUGACUGCACAUCGAUACGUGCACGGGCGGUUUGUAUGUAAACUAUGCAAGAAAGUCUUUGAGACGCAAAGCGGCCUGAUUCAGCACCGAAAGGACAUCCACAAGCUGAUCAAACAUCACGGCACCGAGUGCCGGACAUGCCAUCAAAAGUUCCAGAACUCGGAGGAGUUACUUGAGCAUCGGGAACAAGAGCAUGCCGAUGAUCCCUUGCUGGAAUGUCCCAUUUGUAAGGCCACCUAUUCAACGCCGGCUGCACUCAGAACUCACUCGCGCUACCAUGAUAAGGUCAUCCUGUACAACUGCGUAAACUGUCCGGAAGUUUUCAAUUCCCAGCUACUGUUGGAUCGUCACCUGAAAGUCGACCACAAGAACGAAAAGAACCACAUCUGCGAUUUGUGCGGCAAGGGUUUUCCCACUAAAAGACAAAUAGCCGCCCAUCUGAUACGGCACAAAAAACCUCCGCAAAAAAGCCAAUGCUAUCUACCCGGAAGUUUCAUCUGCGACAUCUGUGGCAAGGAGUUCCGGUUCCGCAUGACCCUGAAUCGGCACGUGUUCAACACCCACACCAACCAAAACAACUUCAAGUGUGACCAAUGCGACAAGGUACUGUCCUCGGCGGAAGGUCUGAAGCUGCACAUGCGGUACCACUCCGACGACCAGUCCAUAAUGUGCGAAAUAUGUGGCCGAGCGUUCCUGCAACCGUACCGCCUCAAAGUGCACAUGGAAAGUCACAUGCGCGAAGGAAACGACUACCGGUGUCACAUCUGCAGCCGAUCCUGCCGCGAUCCGCAAAAGCUCGAAAAGCACAUGAAGCUGCACACCGGCGAAACGCAGUUCAACUGCAAACUCUGCCAGCGGUUCUUCGUCACCAAGCGGCACUACAAGCUGCACAUGCAACGGAUCCACGAGACCGAGGUCAAGUGCCUCCGUUGCGACAAAAUGUUCCCCUCGGCGAAGAAGAUGCGUCUGCACAUCAAGAUACACGAUUUCCCCGAUUACCUGGAGUGCCCCAAGUGCUUCACCUGCGUCAAGGACAAAAAGACCAUGGGCCGGCACAUGCAGCAGCACGAGUACGAGGGCAUCCGUUUUCCGUGCCAUUACUGUCCGUUGACGUUCGUGUCGAAGAAAACCCGGCGGCGCCACGAGAGGGUCAUUCACAGCGACAAGACGGUCCAGCUGGUGGGCCACCAGAUGACGAACGAGGACGAAGAGGAGGAGGAGGGAGACGGAGAGGACGACGAGGAGGAAGUCGACCACUACGAAGGAGUAGAAGUAGUAGACGAUGAAGCGUACAUGGCGUUAAUUGUGGAGGAACGCGAGGAUGAAGUCAGUGUCGGGUAAGUAGGUAGGCAUCUAUGUAAUGGUUGAUGUGAAUUGUAUUGCAAGGAGAAUUCUGUUGCAAAAGUA